CCCCCCGGCCGUAUAAAUUGGCCUGUCCAACUUUUUCUGCGCUACACGGCGCUGAGGGACGGUUGGACGGCGUCCAGAGGGAGAAACAUGUCGCAGUACUCUGGAAAGAUCACCUUCUAUGAGGGGAGAUGCUUCACCGGCAGGAAGCUGGAGGUCCGAGGUGACUGUGACAACUUCCAGGACCGCGGCUUCAUGAACAGAGUGAACUCCAUCCGCGUGGAGAGCGGCGCCUGGAUCUGCUACGACCAUCCCGACUUCAAGGGCCAGCAGUACAUCCUGGAGCACGGAGAGUACCCAGAAUUCCAGAGGUGGAACUCCCACAACGACCACAUGGGCUCCUGCAAGCCCAUCCGCAUGCACGGAGAACAUUACCGCAUCGAGCUGUUUGAAGCCUGCAACUUCUCCGGCCAGUGCGUGGACAUCUGCGACGACUGUCCCUUCCUGCAGAGCCGCGGCUUCUCCAAGAACUGCAUCAACUCCGUCAGGGUCUACGGCGACGGCGCCUGGGUGAUGUACGAGGAACCCAACUUCCGCGGCCGGAUGUACAUCGUGGAGCGGGGCAACUACUGCAGCCCCACCGAGUGGCAGGCCCAGAACCCCAACAUCCAGUCCAUCCGCAGAGUGGUCAACUACUUCUAGAGAACCACCCUGAUGAUCCCCCUGAUUAUCCUCAUGCUCCUCAUUCCCCCUGAUUAUCCUCUUGUCCAAUAAAUAAAGGCAGACUGAGAGAAAAGCCCGUUUUUUAUCAAACA